UAAUUAAACGAAACCAUAGUUAGCUGUGCUAAUCCAAUUAUAAAAUUAAUAACUCUGGUUGAAUAGCAGCUGUAUAUUUGAAAUGGUAGUUACAAAAUCUCUUGCAGUAGCCUCUUUACUCACCGUGGGGGGAUACUUAUUGUUCAAUGGCUCCGGUGAAGCUUUUAACUUUGGUGAAUUUCUAGAAACCACAUCACCUUAUUUAUGGGCAAACUUAGGAAUUGCAUGCUGUAUUGGGUUUUCAGUCAUUGGGGCUGCAUGGGGGAUCUUUAUCACUGGAUCUUCAAUCAUUGGUGCUGGGGUUAAGGCUCCUAGAAUUACUACUAAGAAUUUGAUCUCAAUUAUUUUUUGUGAAGUAGUUGCAAUUUAUGGUUUAAUCAUGGCAAUUGUUUUCAGUGCUAAGAUGGCAAGUGUUCCUGCCAAUGCUUUAUUCACAAAAGAAAAUAUGUACACUGGAUUUUCCUUAUUUUGGGCUGGGAUAACCGUUGGGAUUUCAAAUUUAAUUUGUGGUGUUGCAGUUGGUAUUACUGGUUCAACUGCUGCUAUAAGUGAUGCCGCUGAUAGUUCUUUAUUCGUUAAAAUCUUGGUUGUGGAGAUUUUUGGCUCUGUCUUGGGUUUAUUUGGUUUGAUUGUUGGUUUAUUAAUGGCCAGUAAAGCUCUUGAAUUUAAAUAAUUCUUACCACUGCAUUUUUUUCUCUUAUAAUUCAACG